AAAACACGCACAACGUACGAACGAUCACGGUUCUUUCCUGAGGCCAAGCCCGUGGUUGUCGCUCGUGUAUUUCUCCCCUGAACGCACGCCAAGUGAGAACCCAAAGAAAGUGUCAGUGUGACGACAAUGAUUCAGCGAGUUGCUGUACGCGUUCGUGCUCGCUAGCUGUAGCCAACAGCUAGCGCGUGCUACGACUAUCUGAUAAUUGCCGGGGUAAAGUGACUCAACCAUGAUGUUAAGCGGCUGCUUCCAAAUCAUACUCUGUGAAGUGACUCAAUAAUGCUGUUAAGCGGCCAUUUCCAAAUCCUCCUCUGAGCUUCAAGUAAAUCACCAACCAUGAAGGUGGACAGAAGCAAGUUAAAGAAAACCCCUACAGAAGCUCCUGCUGACUGCAGGAUACUAAUUGACAAGCUCAAAGCAUGCAAUGAUGAGCAACUCCUUGUUGAACUACAGCACAUCAAGACCUGGAAUAUUGGCAAGUGUGAGUUGUACCACUGGGUGGAUCUGCUGGACCGCUUUGAUGGCAUUCUAUGUGAUGCAGGCCAGACAGUGGAGAAUAUGUCAUGGCUCCUAGUGUGUGACCGCCCAGAUAACAGCCAACUCAAAGCCCUGCUUUUGGCAGUGCUUAACUUCACAGCUUUGCUGAUUGAGUACAGCUUUUCCAGGCACCUCUACAGCUCCAUAGAGCACUUAACAACCUUGCUGGCAUCAUGUGACAUGCAAGUGGUCCUGUCCGUGCUGAACCUCCUCUACGUGUUCAGUAAGCGUUCCAACUACAUCACAAGACUGGGAUCUGACAAACGAACCCCUCUCUUGGCACGUCUACAACAUCUGGCUGAGAGCUGGGGAGGAAAGGAAAAUGGCUUUGGCCUGGCUGAGUGCUGCAGGGAUCUCCUUAUGACUAAGUACCCUCCCAGUGCCACCACGUUGCACUUUGAGUUUUAUGCUGAACCAGGUCCUGAGGUCAAAGUUGAGCGCAAGACAAGCAGUAACACACUACACUAUAUCCAUAUUGAGCAACUUGACAAGAUUUCAGAUAGUCCAUCUGAGAUUAUGGAGUCACUCACUGUGAUGUACAAUAUACCGAAAGACAAGCAGACACUGCUUUUCACACACAUCCGUCUGGCUCACGGCUUUUCAAAUCACAAGAAAAGGCUCCAGGCCGUGCAGGCCAGACUGCAUGCCAUUUCUAUACUGGUGUAUUCAAAUGCACUUGGCGAGUCCACCAACAGUAUUCUGUAUAAUGGCUUGAUAGAGGAGUUGGUAGAUGUAUUACAGAUUACAGACAAACAACUUGUGGAUAUCAAGGCAGCAUCUCUUCGCACUUUAACGUCCAUUGUUCAUUUGGAGAGAACACCGAAGCUUUCCAACAUUAUUGACUGUACUGGCACGGCCUCCUACCAUGGUUUUUUGCCUGUGUUGGUACGCAACUGUAUACAAGCAAUGAUUGAUCCUUUGAUGGAACCAUAUCCACAUCAGUUUGCCACUGCACUCUUCUCUUUCCUCUAUCAUUUGGCCAGCUACGAUGCUGGGGGUGAAGCCCUUGUCUCCUGUGGAAUGAUGGAAGCCCUCUUAAAGGUGAUCAAAUUUCUGGGUGACGAGCAGGACCAGAUCACUUUUGUUACAAGAGCGGUUCGUGUUGUAGACCUCAUCACCAACCUCGACAUGGCUGCCUUCCAGUCACACAGCGGCCUUUCCAUUUUCAUCUGCAGACUAGAGCAUGAGGUUGAUCUGUCAAGGAAAGAGUGCCCAUUUGUCAUUAAACCAAAGAUCCGAAGGCCAAGGCCUGUUGUAGAGUCUGAAGAAAUGGACACAGACAUGGAGACAGCUGAGGUUGCCAUGGAAAGCAGCCCCGGGCCAUCAUCAUCUGCUUCCAGACCAGAGGUGGAGCAGAGAGCACAGAGCAGCACGUCAAACAUGCCCCGUGCAGGCAUGCAAUGUAUUCCUCAGAGAGCGGCUCUCUUAAAAUCAAUGCUAAAUUUCCUGAAGAAAGCCAUCCAAGACCCUGCAUUCUCUGAUGGCAUCCGUCAUGUCAUGGAUGGAUCCUUGCCUACCUCACUCAAACACAUCAUCAGUAAUGCAGAAUACUAUGGACCCUCACUGUUCCUCCUUGCAACCGAGGUUGUGACGGUGUUUGUGUUCCAGGAGCCAUCUCUGCUUUCCUCCCUGCAGGACAAUGGUCUCACUGAUGUUAUGCUCCAUGCCCUUCUCAUCAAAGAUGUCCCUGCUACACGUGAGGUCUUGGGAUCUCUCCCUAAUGUGUUCAGUGCCUUGUGCCUGAAUGCCAGAGGCCUCCUCUCAUUCGUUCAGUGUCAGCCCUUUGAGCGCCUCUUCAAAGUGCUCCUGUCCCCCGACUACCUGCCUGCUAUGAGACGGCGACGCAGUUCUGAUCCAUUGGGGGACACUGCAUCCAAUUUGGGGAGUGCUGUAGAUGAGUUAAUGAGACACCAACCAACUUUAAAGACUGAUGCUACGACCGCAAUCAUCAAGUUACUGGAGGAGAUUUGCAAUUUGGGUCGAGCACCCGAGUACAUCUGCCAGAAACCGUCUAUCCAGAAAGCUGAUGGUACAGUGGCUGUGCCACCAGCACGCUCCAGCCAUGCUGCGGAAGAAGCUUCAAGUGAGGAUGAAGAGGAAGAGGAAGCCCUCCACACAUUUAGCCAGCAGCAGGGGGAAGCAGAGAGCAACAGACAGGUGGUGGGAACAGAGGAGCGCAUACCUAUUCCUUUAAUGGAUUAUAUUUUGAAUGUGAUGAAGUUUGUAGAAUCCAUACUUAGCAACAAUACGACUGAUGACCACUGUCAGGAGUUUGUGAACCAGAAGGGGCUGCUACCGCUUGUGUCUAUUCUGGGCUUGCCCAACCUACCUAUAGACUUUCCCACCUCAGCAGCCUGCCAAGCUGUUGCUGGUGUUUGCAAGUCCAUCUUGACUCUCUCGCAUGAGCCUAAAGUACUUCAGGAAGGAUUGUGCCAACUUGAUACUAUUCUGACAUCUCUGGAGCCCCUACAUCGGCCAAUUGAAAUUCCUGGGGGAUCUGUGCUGCUGAGGGAGCUGGCUAAUGCUGGCCAUGUUACUGAUGCCACACUGUCCGCUCGUGCAACGCCACUGCUACAUGCGCUAACUGCAGCACAUGCCUACAUCCUAAUGUUUGUCCACACUUGCCGCGUAGGACAGAGUGAGAUAAGGGCAAUAUCAGUCAAUCAGUGGGGAUCCCAGUUGGGUUUAAGUGUUCUAAACAAGCUGAGUCAGCUCUACUGUUCACUGGUAUGGGAGAGUACUGUUCUGCUCUCCCUUUGCACACCGAACAGUCUGCCUCCAGGCUGUGAGUUUGGGCAAGCGGACAUGCAGAAACUCCUGCCCAAAGAGGAUAAACCCUCUAGCAAUGCUACAUGUACCACAAUCCCUGUGUCCAGAAAACCCGAGUCUGAGGCAGUGGACACUUCUAGUGGAGGACUAUUGGAAGGCAUGGGUUUAGAUGGGGAUAGUUUGGCUCCCAUGGAGACAGACGAACCCACCUCAUCAGACCCUAAAGCCAAGUCUAAGCUUACGCCAGCAAUGGCCACACGCAUUAAACAAAUUAAACCCCUGCUCUCUGCGUCAUCUCGGUUGGGGAGGGCUUUGGCUGAGCUUUUUGGCCUGCUGGUGAAGUUGUGUGUAGGCUCCCCAGUGCGUCAACGUCGGUCCCACCAUGCCACGAGCACAGGUACUACACCCACACCUGCUGCCCGAGCAACUGCCUCUGCUCUCACGAAGCUCCUCACCAAGGGUCUCAGUUGGCAACCCCCACCUUAUACUCCCACCCCUCGAUUCAGAUUGACUUUCUUCAUCUGCUCUGUUGGCUUUACAUCUCCUAUGUUGUUUGAUGAGAGAAAGUACCCAUACCACCUAAUGCUGCAAAAGUUUUUCUGCUCUGGUGGACAUGACGCCUUAUUUGAAACAUUCAACUGGGCCCUGUCAAUGGGUGGAAAGGUUCCUGUGUCUGAGGGUCUGGAGCAUACUGAGCUACCAGAUGGAACAGGAGAGUUCCUGGAUGCUUGGUUAAUGCUGGUGGAGAAGAUGGUGAAUCCAAGCACUGUGCUGGACUCGCCACACUCCCUCCCAGCUAAAAUGCCUGGUGUCACGCCAACCACUCCUCUAUUCAGUGCCCUGCGGUUCCUGAUAGUUACCCAGAAGGCUGCAUUCAGCUGCAUCCGUAGUCUAUGGAACAGGAAGCCACUGAAAGUGUAUGGAGGCAGGAUGGCUGAAUCCAUGCUGGCCAUCCUCUGCCACAUCCUCCGGGGGGAGCCAGUUAUCCAGGAGCGCCUAGCCAAGGAGAGAGAAGGUACAAUACGUCCAGAUGAAGAGGGGGCUCCUCCUGCUUCUGUGGCACAAAGUGGAGCCCCUGGGGUAUCCACAACCAGUGGAGAGACACCAGCAGCCACUGCACCAGCUGGUGGAGUGCCAGCAGGGGGAUCAUCUGAGGAGUCGACUAAUUCCACUCCAAGACGUGAACCUCAAGUUAAUCAAGCUCAGCUAACACAGCUGAUGGAUAUGGGUUUCUCGAGAGAGCAUGCAAUGGAGGCCCUUUUGAACACCAGUACCAUGGAGCAGGCCACAGAAUAUCUUCUUACACACCCACCUCCUCACCUUGGGGGAGCAGUAAGGGAUCUUUCCAUGUCUGAAGAGGACCAAAUGAUGAGGGCAAUUGCUAUGUCACUUGGCCAAGAGGUCAGCAUGGAGCAACGUUCAGACUCCCCUGAGGAAGCAGCACGUCGGCGUGAGGAGGAGGACAGGAGAGCCAGGGAGCGAGCAGAGGAGGAGGAAGCCCGCUGCUUGGAGCGCUUCAUGGAGGCCGAACCCCUGGACCCUCAGGAGUUGCAUGCCUUCACAGACUCCAUGCUUCCAGGCUGCUUUCACCUUCUGGAUGAGCUACCGGACACGGUCUACCGGCUCUGUGACCUGCUGAUGACUGCAAUCAAAAGAAGUGGCCCUGAGUACCGAGACCUCAUCCUUGGACAGGUCGUCGACCAGGUGUGGGAUGCAGCAGAUGUGUUGAUCAAGGCAGCUGUUCCUCUGACAACCAGUGACACAAAGACAGUGUCUGAAUGGACUAAACAGAUGGCCACACUUCCCCAGGCAUCAAAGCUGGCCACUCGAAUUCUUCUUCUCACGUUGUUAUUUGAGGAACUUAAGCUCAUGUGUACCACAGUGGUAGAGAAGAGUGGCAUUCUGGAUUUACUGAUUAAGUUGCUUGAGGUCGUGCAGCCCUGUCUGCAGGCCGCUAAAGAACAGAAAGACAUCCAGACACCAAAGUGGAUUACACCAGUCUUGCUGAUUAUUGACUUUUAUGAGAAAAUGGCAGUGUCUUCAAAGCGCAGAUCACAAAUGAACAAGUAUCUUCAGCCUAAUGGAAAUAAUUGGAGAUGGUUUGAUGACCGGUCAGGACGUUGGUGCAGUUACAGCGCCUCUAACAACAGCACAAUUGACUCUGCAUGGCGGGCUGGGGAGAGCAGUGUCCGUUUCACAGCUGGGCGUAGACGAUAUACCGUUCAGUUUAAUAAUAUGGUGCAGGUAAAUGAGGAGACUGGUAACCGGCGACCAGUGAUGUUGACUGUUCAGAGGGUUCCACGCUUGCCCAAACCACCCAAGACUGGGUGCAUUACAGACACAGAGAGAGAAGACGGAGAUAGGUGCAAAGCAGAAGAAACUCAGACUGAUAUUGACUCUGGGGCAGCAGUGGAAAUGAGUGCCCCCAAGGAUGUUUCCAGCCAUCUUCAGGAAGUCACCUCUGGCCCCACAUCUUCCCAGGAGUCUGACUCUUUCAAAGGCUCAGAUAUUGUAGGUUUGAGUGAUGACAUGACCACCAUUCUCAUCCGUGCUUGUGUCAGCAUGAUUAGUGUCCCUGUGGAUCCGGACACCCUCCAUGCAACGCUGCGUCUCUGUUUGCGUUUGACGCGAAACCACCACUAUGCUAUGAUGUUUGCUGAGCUGAAGAGCACUCGAAUGAUUCUUGGGCUGACACAGACCUCUGGGUUCAAUGGCUUCACGCCUCUUGUUACGCUACUCUUCAGACACAUCAUUGAGGAUCCAGCUACUCUUCGGCAUACUAUGGAAAAGGUGGUGAGAUCUGCAGUGACCAGUGGGGCAGGAAGUACCACCUCAGGUGUAGUGUCAGGGAGCCUCGGCUCAAGGGAAAUUAACUAUAUCCUGCGUGUCCUGGGCCCUGCUGCGUGUCGCAACCCUGAGUGCUUUGCUGAAACUGCCAGCAAUUGUGUCCGCAUUGCCCUUCCAGCACCCCGUGGAGCUGGCACAGCCUCUGACGAUGAGUUUGAAAAUCUUCGUAUUAAGGGCCCCAAUGCUGUGCAGCUGGUGAAAACUACUCCUUUGAAAUUGUCCCCGCUACCUUCUAUUCCUGAAACUGUCAAGGAGGUCAUUUACGACAUGCUCAAUGCCUUGGCUGCCUACCAUGCUCCAGGAGAACCUGAACGUCCAGAAGAACGGGUGGCUGCUGUUCCUCCUAGCCAAGACCUUUGCCAGAUUUUGCAGGAUGUUGGUGAUGAUGUUUACCAACAGUACCGUCUUACUCGACAGGGCAGUGACUUUGAUUCCCAGUCUGCAUUCCAUAUCAAUACUCAAGUUUUUGCUGCGGAUGGAGCUGUGGCAGAGUCCUCCCAAUCUGGCACGCCGCAAGGAGAAGCCUCUACACCUGAAGAGAUGCGAGAGGAAAAGAAGGAGCAGGAGGGAGAUAAGAAUAGCAGCUCAGAGGAGGCUAAAGCUGCAAAGGUAAAGGCGAGCAAACCUCUCAUGCCUACCUCCACCAUCCUGAGACUGCUGGCUGAACUGGUGCGCUCCUAUGUUGGCAUUGCCACACUAAUUGCCUCUUACUGCUACACUGCAGGACAGUCUGAGCUUAUCAAGGAGGACUGCAGUGUGCUAGCUUUUGUGCUGGACCACUUGCUGCCUCACACCCAAAAUGCAGAGGAUAAGGACACCCCAGCCUUGGCCCGGCUUUUCCUAGCCAGCCUGGCAGCUGCCGGCACUGGGACAGAUGCCCAGGUUGCUCUGGUUAAUGAGGUGAAGGCUGCCCUUAGUCGGGCUUUAGGAAUGACAGAAGGUGCAGAAAAACAUGCCAGGCUUCAGGCAGUGAUGUGCAUCAUCAGCACCAUCAUGGAGUCAUGUCCUUCCACGUCUAGUUUUUAUAGCACAGCUGCAGCCAAGACACAACACAAUGGCAUGAAUAAUAUCAUAAGGCUAUUUCUCAAGAAAGGAUUGGUCAGUGACUUGGCCCGUGUGCCUCACAGCUUGGAUUUAUCAAGCCCCAACAUGGCCAACACAGUGAAUGCUGCCCUUAAGCCCCUGGAGACCUUGUCCCGCAUUGUUAACCAACCCAGCAGUUUGUUUGGGAGUAAAGGAUGCUCCAACAAGAACAAGACUGAAAAUGACACAGUGGGUGCUGCAAGGGAUAGCAACAGCAACACUCAAGAUCAAGGAGAAUCUGGUGAGGCAGAGCCAGUGGAAGGAAACCACAGGGUGCAGGGAGCAGACGGUGACUUGAUGGAUGGAGAAACGGAGGGAGAUACAGUUGUCAUUGCUGGUCAACCAGAGGUUCUCAGCACACAGGCUAUGCAGGUGGAGAAUGAGUUGGUGGAUCUGAUUGAUGAGCUGCUUGAGAGAGAUGGUGGUACUGUUAAUAGUGCAAUCAUAGUCGGGCAAAGUGCUGAAGAUGAAUCACAAGAUGUGUUGAUGGAAGAAGCCCCCUCCAAUAUUAGCCAGGCAUCCACUCUUCAGGCAAACCGAGAAGACUCAAUGAAUAUCCUGGAACCAGAAGAUGAAGAACACACACAAGAGGAAGACUCAAGUGGUAGCAAUGAUGAUGAAGACAGCCAGGAUGAAGAGGAGGAAGAGGAAGAGGAAGAGGAGGAGGACCCGGAUGAUGAGGAAGGAGAUGAGGAUGAUGAUGAUGAAGGUUCAGAAAUGGAGUUGGAUGAGGAUUUCCCAGACAUCAAUGCUGCCCCUCACAUACGCUUUGAAAGGUUUGACAGGGAUGAUGACCUCAUCAUAGAGUUUGACAACAUGUUCUCCAACAAUGCUGAUAUCCCCCCCUCACCAGGCAACAUCCCUAGCUCCCAUCCAUUGAUGGUUCGCCACGCUGACCACGGUUCCCUCACCCUAGGUGUGGCGGGCACAAGCAGCCGUCUGGCACAAGGCAUGGGUCGUAGUCAGCGGACUCUUAGGCAGCUCACUGCCAACAGUGGGCACACCAUCCAUGUUCACUACCCAGGAAACCGCCAGCCCAACCCACCACUCAUCUUGCAGAGAUUAUUGGGCCCCAGUGCUGCAGCAGACAUUUUACAACUGUCCAGCUCUCUACCUCUGCAAUCUCGCGGUCGAGCUCGCCUUUUGGUCGGAAAUGAGGAUGUUCACAUUAUUGCUCGUUCCGAUGAUGAAUUCGAUGACUUUUUCCAUGAGCAGAACAGCACAGGGGGUCAAGCAGGCACCCUCUCAAGCAUUCCUACUGCCUUAACAAGAUGGACAGAUGAGUGUAAAGUGUUAGAUGCUGAAAGUAUGCACGACUGUGUAGCAGUCGUAAAGGUUCCAAUCCUGCAGCAUCUGGAAGGUUUGCGAGAUGAAGAAUUAGAAGAGCGUAGAGAGAAGCGAAGGCGGCAGCUGGCUGAGGAGGAGGAGUCCAAGCAAAACGAGCGGAGGGCCUCUGGAGCAGAGCAGACCAGGGAACAGAACCUGCAGGGUUCUGGAUUGGGGACAAUUAAUGGUGGCGAAAACACUGCAGAGGGUGAGCAGUCUCAAGGAGGUGCAGUGUCUUGUCUGGAGCCACCCAGGGUGUCAGAUGGUUUCCUCACUGCUCCCCCUUCUGGAGAGGUUACUCCCACUACCCCAGCUCCACAUGAGCAAGCCAUAGUUACCUUGGAAAUUGCAAUUGAUCAACAAGUCCACCAACCAAUGGCUGGCCUGCUAUUGGCUGAGUCACAUGCCAGUUCUUUGGCAGCUUUGGCAGGGGCGCGCCUUCCUCCCUUGUCUGCUGCUGACAGGCCUACCAGUGAAGCAGAAGCAUCUCAGAUGGAAAUGUCCCCAGCACCCACAAUCGCCUCAAGCCCAGAUAUUGCAGAGACCUCGGAACCUACAGUAGGUGGUGUGUCAAGACUGGAGGGGUCACCAAUGGAUACAAGCAGCCCUGCCUCUGCCACACAAGAAGAAGCUGUUUCCAACCCUACUCAGACUGCCCUUGUGUCUCAGGAUCUGUCUGGCAGUGGGGAGAGCGGAUUGACUGACAGGCAGACUGAUGCAGAUACUGGCUCCACGUCAGUCUCAUCUGCUGGUGAAGCAAUCAUCAGGAGUGACAGUGCUGACAGUCAAUCCCAGGCUAUCCAAGAAGAGCCUCUCCCAUCCACAAGCAAUGACGACGAAGACCCACUUGCAGGAAUCAGUCUACCCGAGGGUGUGGAUCCAUCUUUCCUGGCAGCUCUUCCUGAGGACAUUCGAAGAGAAGUCCUUCAAAAUCAAUUGGGAAUUCGACCACCAUCCCGGUCAGCUGCUGCUACAAGCCUGCCCUCUUCUACUGCGCCUGUACUGACAGGACCCGGGGUUACGGAGGUCAGCCCUGAGUUCCUGGCUGCAUUGCCACCUGCCAUUCAGGAGGAGGUCCUUGCCCAGCAACGAGCUGAGCAGCAACGCAGGGAGGUUUCCCAACAGCCGACACAGGGAGAUUCUCCUCUGGACCCAGUUACCUUCAUUCAGACGCUACCCUCGGAGCUCCGACGUAGUGUACUAGAAGACAUGGAGGACAGUGUGUUGGCUGUCAUGCCACCUGAUAUUGCUGCUGAAGCAGCCGCAUUGCGCCGAGAGCAAGAGGCACGGCAAAGGCAACUCAUGCACGAGAGGCUGUUUGGUCAUAGUUCAACAUCAGCUCUUUCGGCCAUCCUGCGCUCACCAGCCUUCACCAGUCGGUUAGGGAGCAAUCGUGGUGUUCAGUACACCCGACUUGCUGUGCAGAGAGGAAGCACGUUUCAGAUGGGGGGUGGCUCUAACCAUAGACCAUCUAGUUCGAGUGUGGAUUCUUUGUUGCGCCUGCGGGGUCGCUUGCUGCUGGACCACGAGGCCUUGUCUUGUCUGCUGGUUUUGUUAUUUGUGGACGAACCGAAGCUUAACACCAGUCGUCUACACCGUGUGCUCAGGAAUCUUUGCUAUCACUCUCAGACUCGUGGGUGGGUCAUUCGCAGCCUUUUGUCCAUCCUCCAACGGAGCAGUGAGAGUGAGGUGUGUGUGGAAUCCUCACGUCUUGAAGAUUCUCGUGGGAAAAGGAGCUCCCAGGGAGGCUGUGGCGGAAAAGGUUCAGCUACCUCCUCUCUCUCCUCUUCCACCUCUUCCUCACUAGAGCUUCUAAACAGAGUGGAGUCACGCAGUUCCAGCCAACUUUCUUGGCUCUCUGUAUCUAUGGAUGCGGCCUUGGGUUGCCGGACUAACAUUUUCCAGAUCCAACGAGUAUCUGGUAGGAAGCAUGCUGACCGACAUUCAGCUGCAGGUUCUGCACCAUCUGGAACCCUGGGAGGUGGUGUGUCAGGAGCUGCUGCAGGGGUCACAUGCAGUGGAGGUGGAGGCUCCACUGUACACAUCCACCCACAAGCUGCCCCAGUGGUUUGUCGACACGUGUUAGACACACUCAUCCAGCUCGCAAAGGUGUUCCCCAGUCAUUUCACCCAGCAGCGUUGUAAGGAUCUGUCAGUGUCAUCCUCUGACCUUGAGGCCCGUCUUUGUUCAAGCUCCUCAGGCAUGGGUGGUAUGGGUGGAGGAUCAAGAUCAAGUUCACAGGCUCAAAACAACCAAAACCCCAAUGCUUCCAGUGCACAGAACACUUUUGGGUCCUCAUCCGCCACUCCCCAAUCUCUAGGAAUUUCCACUGAUUUUUGGGACCUCCUUGUAAAGCUGGACAACAUGAAUGUCAGUCGCAAAGGAAAAGCCUCAAUGAAGACCAUGCCUUUAGGGGGCAAUGCAGAGGCUGAGGGACUUCAAUUAAGCCUUGAGACUUCACCACUUGGCCAGUUGAUGAACAUGUUGUCCCAUCCCGUAAUCAGACGAAGCUCCUUGCUUACUGAGAAGCUGCUGCGUCUGCUCUCUCUCAUAUCCAUUGCCCUCCCUGACAACAAGGCCACAGAGGUGCCUGCUGGCCAUGCUACUCCACAGGCAGCCAACCCCAGCUCGAUAAUCAGCUCAGGAUCCACAGCCCCUGUCACUACACAGGGUGCAGCAUCAUCAAACAUCCAGCCCACUGCUGUGGGCACAGCAGCCUCUGGGGGAUCUGGAGCCCAGAGCACCUCCUCAGGGACAAGUCUGUUAAUGUUUGCAGCUUCCACACCAUUGCCAACAUCCACUGGAGCAGUCUUCACAGCACCAAAAAUGAAGAGCUUUUCAAUGAGCAUAGACAGCGACAAGAUUGCUUCUGCUGGACUUACAGAGAAACAGCUUCAGCUUUCAGUGGAGGUUUUGACUUCUCAUUCGUGCUCAGAGGAGGGUCUGGAGGAUGCAGCCAAUAUCUUACUUCAGUUAUCCAGAGGAGAUUGUUCCACCAGAGACACUGUGCUAAGACUGCUGCUCAGUGGAGCAAGACAUCUUGGUUAUACCCUGUGCAAACAGAUUGGUACACUACUGGCUGAACUUCGAGAGUACAACUUGGAGCAGCAGAGACGAGCACACGCAGAGUCUCAUUCCCCCGAUGGACCUCCUGAUGAUUCCUCAAUCUCUGCCAGACUGAAGGGGAAAAUGACCAGCAGGUUUGAUGGGGCAGAAAGCGUUGUAAUUGUGGCUGCACAGAAGCGAACGCUUGGCGGACGAGAACUACAACUCCCCUGUAUGAGUUCACUAACCUCCAAGACGUCCACACAGAAGUUUUUCUUGCGAGUGUUGCAGGUCAUUAUCCAGCUACGUGAGGACACACGCCGUGCCAACAAGAAAGCCAAACAGACCGGGCGAAUAGGCUCAACCAGCUUAGGCUCAGCCAGCAGCAUUCAGGCUGCCGUCCGUCAACUUGAGGCAGAGGCUGACGCCAUCAUCCAGAUGGUGAGAGAGGGUCAGCGUGCACGUCGCCUCACACAGGCGCCACCGCUCGCUCCCGCCGUCACCGCCGGAUCAUCAGUCCCUGCGUCACAUGCCCCUGCUGGUGCUGCUCCCCCUGCUGGCACAGCUGCUGCUGCCACGUCUGAAAUGCAAUCAGUGUCAGAGGUCCAGGCAGCUCACAGAGAUGACUCGCCAAUGGAUGUCGACCAACCGUCGAUGGACCUGGACACUUCAACUCUGGAUGAAGAAGGAAAUGGCCAGGCUGAAAGUGAAGAGAAACUCCCAGAUCUUCCUCUGCUCAGCGAACAGCUCCUGCUGGAUGAGCUAUGGGAUAUGCUUGGGGAAUGCUUGAAAGAGCUGGAAGAGUCCCAUGACCAGCAUGCUGUAUUGGUUCUCCAGCCAGCUGUGGAGGCAUUCUUCCUCGUACACGCGACCGAGCGAGAGAGCAAACCGCCUGUUCGAGACACUCGGGAAAGCCAGCUUUCUCACAUCAAGGAUGAGCCUCCGCCACUGUCUCCAGCACCGCUUACACCAGCAACACCUUCAUCCCUAGAUCCGUUUUUCUCCCGGGAGCCAUCCUCUAUGCAUAUCUCUUCAAAUUUGCCACCAGACACCCAGAAGUUCCUUCGAUUUGCUGAAACACACCGCACAGUGCUCAACCAGAUUCUGCGUCAGUCCACAACUCAUUUGGCUGAUGGGCCCUUUGCAGUCUUGGUUGAUUACAUACGCAUCCUGGACUUUGAUGUAAAGAGGAAGUAUUUCCGCCAGGAACUGGAACGCCUUGAUGAAGGGCUAAGAAAAGAGGACAUGGCCGUCCAUGUGAGAAGAGAUCAUGUGUUUGAGGACUCCUACAGAGAACUACAUCGCAAGAGCCCAGAGGACAUGAAGAACAGACUGUAUAUUGUCUUUGAAGGAGAGGAGGGCCAGGAUGCCGGUGGCCUGCUGAGGGAAUGGUACAUGAUCAUCUCCCGAGAGAUGUUCAACCCAAUGUACGCCCUGUUCCGAACAUCCCCGGGAGAUAGGGUUACCUACACCAUCAAUCCCUCAUCCCACUGCAACCCCAACCACCUGAGCUACUUCAAGUUUGUGGGCCGGGUAGUGGCCAAGGCGGUCUAUGAUAACCGGUUAUUGGAGUGCUACUUCACUCGCAGCUUUUACAAGCACAUUCUGGGCAAGAGUGUCAGAUAUACUGACAUGGAGAGUGAGGACUAUCCCUUCUUCCAGGGUUUGGUAUACUUGCUGGAGAACGAUGUGUCCACCUUGGGCUAUGAGCUCACAUUCAGCACAGAGGUCCAAGAGUUCGGCGUAUGUGAAGUCAGAGACCUCAAGCCAAAUGGUGCAAACAUACUGGUCACAGAAGAAAACAAAAAAGAAUAUGUGCACCUGGUUUGCCAGAUGAAGAUGACUGGGGCGAUCCGCAAGCAGCUGGCCGCUUUCCUUGAGGGCUUUUAUGAGAUCAUCCCCAAGCGGUUGAUCUCCAUCUUCACUGAGCAGGAGCUGGAGCUGCUCAUCUCUGGGCUUCCGACAAUUGAUAUUGAUGACCUUAAGGCCAACACGGAAUACCACAAAUACCAGUCCAGUUCCAUCCAGAUACAGUGGUUCUGGAGGGCCUUGCGUUCUUUUGAUCAAGCGGACCGAGCCAAGUUCUUACAGUUUGUCACCGGCACGUCCAAAGUGCCCCUCCAGGGUUUUGCUGCUCUGGAAGGCAUGAACGGCAUCCAGAAGUUCCAAAUCCACCGCGACGAUCGCUCCACUGACCGUCUGCCCUCUGCUCAUACGUGUUUCAACCAGCUGGACCUCCCUGCGUACGAGAGCUACGAGAAGUUGAGACACAUGCUGUUGCUGGCCAUCCAGGAGUGCUCUGAGGGAUUUGGCCUGGCUUAAUCAACGACUUUCAAACACACCCACACAAAGCCUAAAUUAGAUCUGACUACUAUUCCUAGUUACAUUUUUGACCACACACAGACAUUAAACCCUGCUUAGAAAUUAUUGGAUUACCUGUUGAAUGAUCCAGACGUAAUGGUUUCUAGUCCAUACAGAACAGAUCGAACCAGCGAGUCAAUUGGACUGAUUAACAUUACUCACGGAGAGUCUCUCGUUCCUUCACGCGCGCACACAUAUUUGUGUGUCCCUCCCUAAUUUAAAUGGAAAGGGCAAAUGCAGAGACUACAACAUGGACUAAUAUGAGACAUUUUCUUCAUCUAGUUUGUUUUUUCUCUGUACAAAAGGUUUGGGAGUUUAUUGUUUCAACUUUUGUUUUUGUUUCUCUGGCUCUGUAAAAAGAAAAAAAGAAUGUGUGAACUGGAUGGUUAUAAAACCUUUGGGGGAAACGUUGGUGGUUUCGUGUUGCAAAUUUUUGACCUCACAAGCCUUGACAAAUUUUCUUGUGAGGCUGUAUGAACAACUUGAGAAAUUCACAAAAAUGCACUUUUCAGAAAGAUUUUGUGGCAUUUUUAAGGAAGGAUGGUACAUUUGAAGCCGAAACCUGAAGGACAUUAAAAAAAAAAAAUUCUAGAGUAUUUUUGAUUAUUCAAUUACUGACUCAGCCUUGAGCCUUUGAAUCCGAUUGGAAUAACCACAUGAAUAAAUACAUAAAAAUG